CCGGCCCCGGCGUUCAGGGACAUUUGGAGCGGACGUCGUUCUUUCCACCCGCAGCGAUGUCGUCCUGGCUCGGGGGCCUCGGCUCCGGCUUGGGCCAGUCUCUGGGUCAAGUAGGGGGCAGCCUGGCUUCCCUCACUGGGCAGAUUUCAAACUUCACGAAGGAUAUGUUGAUGGAAGGCACGGAGGAUGUGCCAGCAGAUUUGCUCAAUUCCGGCAGAGAGGACAAUGAAGCUACUCAUUCAGUCUUAAGAUCGGAGAAUGAAAGACUUAAAAAGCUUUACACUGACCUAGAGGAAAAGCAUGAGGCCUCAGAACUACAAAUCAAGCAGCAGUCCUCCAGUUACCGCAGCCAGCUGCAGCAGAAAGAGGAAGAAAUCAACCACCUUAAAGCAAGACAGAUUGCACUCCAGGAUGAACUGCUCAGACUGCAAUCAACUGCCCAGUCUGUACAUCCAGGAUCUGGCAGGGUACCAGCAGCCACUGCAUCACCUUCAUUGAGUUAUGGUAUCAGUCAUCAUGUGUCAGCUUUCCAUGAAGAUGACAUGGACUUUGGUGAUGUGAUUUCAUCACAACAAGAAAUAAACAGAUUAUCAAAUGAAGUUUCAAGACUCAAAUCUGAACUUGGACACUGGAGACAUAUCGCUGAGGUGCAGGGAACACAAAGCUCUGAUCAAACCGAAAUCUGCAAGCUGCAAAAUAUUAUUAAGGAGCUUAAACAGAAUCGAAGUCAGGAAAUUGAUGACCAUCAGCAUGAAAUGUCAGUAUUGCAGAAUGCGCAUCAACAGAAACUGACAGAGAUAAGUCGUCGGCAUCGAGAAGAGCUAAGUGACUACGAAGAACGAAUUGAAGAACUGGAAAAUCUGUUACAGCAAGGUGGCUCAGGAGUUACAGUAACUGAUCACUCUAAAAUGUAUGAUAUGCAAAACACUAUUCAGAUUCUGCAGACGGAGAAAGUAGAAUCUACCAAAAAAAUUGAAGAACUUGAGGAUAAAAUAAAAGAGAUAUAUAAAAGAUUAUCUUCUGCAGAACAUGAGCGAGAAGUGUGGAAGAGGGAACAGGAGCGGCUGGAAGUGGAAAAGCGACAGCUGACUGAGCAGUGUGAGCGCUUGAAGCUGGAAUGCAGUACAUCACAGCCUCUUGCUUGGGGCCAGAGGGACGUUGUGACAGAGGAGGAGAGGACUCUGCCACAGAGUUCCUCAGCUGCAGAGGUCUUGAGAUUACAGCAAGCUUUGACUGAUGCUGAAAAUGAAAUAAUGAGACUAAGUAGUUUAAACCAGGAUAACAGUCUUGCUGAAGACAAUCAGAAACUUCAAAUGUGUGUCCAAAUUUUAGAAAAAGAGAAGUCAUUAUUGAGUCAAGAAAAGGAAGAACUUCAGAUGUCACUUUCCAAACUGAGCAAUGAAUAUGAAGUCAUUAAAAGUACAGCUACAAGGGACAUAGAUUUGUUUUCUCAAGUACGUGACUUGAAACUUAAUUUGGAGGUGAAGGAACAAGAACUGAAUCGGAGUAUUCAUGAGAAUGAAGUACUCACGGCUGAGUUAGAAGAACUGGACAGGCAGAACCAAGAGGCUACUAAGCAUGUGAUUUUAAUAAAAGAUCAGCUAUCAAAACAACAAAGUGAAGGAGACAGUGUCAUCAAGAAACUAAAAGAAGAUCUAGAUGAUGGAAAACAGAGAAUCCAUCAACUGGAGGAUGAUAAAAUGAACAUUAUCAAAGAGUUAGACAUGCAGAAAGAAAAGCUAACUCACAGUGAACGAGCCCUAAGUGAUUUACAGUUAACCAAGCAGAAGCUUGAAGAUAAAGUAGAAGACUUAGUAGAUCAGCUAAGUAAAUCAGAGAAAAAUAAUUUCAACAUUCAGAAGGAGAACUGUGAACUGAGGGAACACAUCAGACAAAAUGAGGAGGAGCUGUCCACAGUCAGGAGUGAGUUGACUCAGUCCCAAAGCCAGGACUCUAAUAGUAGUUUGAAGGAUGACUUCCUUAAAGAAAGGGAGACUGAAGUUAGAACCUUAAAGCAGAAUCUUUCAGAAGUAGAACAGCUCAACGAACAUUUAAAGCAAGUCGCUUUUGAUCUCAGGACCGAAAAUGAAAAGUUGGUUGUAGCAUGUGAGGAUGUAAGAAAUCAGUUGGAAGAAUCUAUUGCUGGCAACAACCAGGUUUCUCUGGAAAGAACUGCCAUGCUGGAGACUCUGAAAUGUGAGAAGGCACAGCUAGAAACAGAACUGUGUGGAGCUGAAAAGAGGCUGUUGGAAGAAGCAAAGAAAUACAAGCAAACCAUUGAGGAACUGUCCAGCGCACGCAGCCUGACGACCUCUGCCUUGCAGCUGGAACAUGAGCGCUUAGUUCAGCUCAGUCAGGAAAAAGACUCUGAGAUAGCAGAGCUCAAAAAGAGUAUUGAGCAGAUGGAUACUGAUCAUCAACAGAUGAAGGAAUCUUUGUUGUCUAGUUUAGAAGAGCAGAAACAAUUGACACAACUUAUAAGUGAAAAGGAAAUUUGUAUUGUGAAACUUAAAGAAAAAAGUUCAGAACUGCAGGGGGAAUUGGACAAAUGUGCUCAGACCUUAAGAAAAAAUGAGACUCUAAGGCAGACCAUAGAGGAAAAGGAUAGAAGUCUUGGAGCCAUGAAAGAAGAGAACAAUCACUUGCAAGAAGAGCUGGAGCGGAUCAGGGAGCAGCAGAGUCGGGCUGUGCCCAUGCCUGAGCCUCGAGCCCUUGACAGCACCACAGAGUUAGAAUCUGAGCUGUCUAGGCUGCACAUAAUCAAGGAUCAUCUGGAAGAAGAAAUUAAACAUCACCAGAAGAUGAUUGAAGAUCAAAACCAGAAUAAGUUGCAACUACUCCAGUCUCUACAGGAGCAGAAGAAAGAAAUGGAUGAGUUUAGAUACCAGCACGAACAAAUGAAUAUCACACACACCCAGCUCUUUUUAGAAAAAGAUGAGGAAAUUAAGAACUUGCAAAAAACAAUUGAACAAAUAAAAACCCAGUUGCAUGAAGAAAGACGGGACAUUCCAACAGAGAAUUCUGAUAUUUUUCAAGAAACCAAAGUUCAGAGCCUUACUAUAGAAAAUGAAAGUGAAAAGCAUGAUUUAUCCAAAGCUGAAACAGAAAGGUUAGUGAAGGGGAUAAAAGAACGGGAGCUGGAGAUUAAGCUUCUGAAUGAAAAGAAUAUCUCUUUAACUAAACAGAUUGACCAGCUGUCCAAAGAUGAGGUCGGCAAGCUCACUCAGAUUAUCCAGCAGAAAGACUUGGAGAUACAAGCUCUUCACGCCAGGAUUUCCUCGGCUUCCUGUUCUCAGGAUGUUGUUUACCUUCAGCAGCAGCUGCAUGCCUAUGCUAUGGAAAGAGAGAAAGUAAUGGUUGUCUUAAAUGAGAAGACGAGGGAAAAUAGCCAGCUAAAAACAGAAUAUCACAAGAUGAUAGAUAUUAUUAGUGCCAAAGAAGCAGCCCUUAUUAAGUUGCAAGAUGAGAAUAAAAAAAUGUCCACUAGAUUUGAAAAUAGUGGUCAAGAUAUGUUUAAAGAAACAAUUCAGAAUUUAUCACGGAUCAUUCGAGAAAAAGACAUUGAAAUAGAUGCACUGAGUCAGAAGUGCCAGACUCUCCUGACAGUUUUGCAGACUUCUGGCACGGGUAGCGAGGUUGGAGGAGUUAAUAGUAACCAGUUUGAGGAGCUCUUACAGGAACGCGAUAAGCUAAAACAGCAGGUGAAGAAAAUGGAGGAGUGGAAACAGCAGGUGAUGACCACCGUCCAAAACAUGCAGCACGAGUCAGCCCAGCUUCAGGAAGAACUUCAGCAGCUUCAGGCACAAGUUUUGGUCGACAGUGAUAACAGUUCUAAACUUCAAGUGGACUACACUGGCCUCAUCCAAAGUUAUGAGCGGAAUGAAACCAAACUUAAGAAUUUUGGGCAGGAAUUGGCACAAGUUCAGCAUAGCAUAGGGCAGCUUUGUAAUACCAAGGACCUUCUUUUAGGAAAACUUGAUAUCAUGUCACCCCAGCUCUCUCCUGGCUCAUCGCUUACUGCUCAGUCAGCAGAGCCUCUUAAGGCAGGCCGGUCUGCUGGGUCACAUGAGACUCCUCAGCUGCUUCAACAAGAAGUGGAUGAUCUGAGACGGUCACUGCAGGAAAAAGAUGCCACAAUUAGAACGCUUCAGGAAAACAACCACAGACUGUCAGAGUCCGUGGCUGCUUCCUCAGAGGUGGGAAGAAGAGAACAUGAACAAACGGAUUCGGAAGUCAAACAGCUGAAGGAGAAACAAGAGGUUUUACAAAACUUACUUAAGGAGAAAGAUCUCUUAAUCAAAGCCAAAAGUGACCAAUUACGUUCUUCAAAUGAAAAUUUCACUAACAAAGUGAAUGAAAAUGAGCUUUUGAGGCAGGCAGUGACAAACUUGAAGGAGAGAAUAUUGAUUUUAGAAAUGGACAUUUCUAAAUUAAAAGGGGAAAAUGAAAAAAUAGUAGAAACUUCCAGGGGGAAGGAAACAGAAUACCAGGCGUUACAAGAGACCAACAUGAAGUUUUCCAUGAUGUUACGAGAAAAAGAGUUUGAAUGCCAUUCGAUGAGGGAGAAGGCGCUUGCUUUCGAACAGCUCUUGAAAGAAAAAGAACAGGGCAAGGCUGGGGAGUUAAAUCAACUUCUAAAUGCAGUUAAAUCAAUGCAGGAGAAGACAGUUACAUUUCAACAGGAGAGAGACCAAGUUAUGCUGGCCCUGAAACAGAAGCAAAUGGAAAACACUACACUACAGAAUGAGGUUCAACACUUACGUGACAAAGAGUCCCGGUUAAACCAGGAGUUACAGAGACUGCGCGACCACCUUUUAGAGUCAGAAGAUUCUCACACCCGGGAAGCUUUGGCUGCAGAAGAUAGAGAGGCCAAACUGAGGAAGAAAGUCACAGUGUUGGAAGAAAAGCUAGUUUCAUCCUCUAAUGCCAUGGAAAACGCAAGUCAUCAAGCCAGUGUGCAAGUAGAAUCUUUGCAAGAACAAUUGAAUGUGAUCUCCAAGCAGAGGGAUGAGACUGCCCUGCAACUUUCUGUCUCUCAGGAACAAGUAAAGCAGUAUGCUCUGUCACUAGCCAACCUGCAGAUGGUUCUCGAACACUUCCAACAAGAGGAAAAAGCUAUGUAUUCUGCGGAAUUAGAAAAGCAAAACCAGCUCUUAGCUGAAUGGAAGAAAAAAGCAGAGACUCUGGAAGGAAAAGUGUUAUCGCUGCAGGAACGUUUGGAUGAAGCAAAUGCUGCAUUGGAUUCGGCCUCAAGACUUACAGAACAGUUAGAUCUAAAAGAAGAACAAAUUGAAGAACUUAAAAAGCAAAAUGAGCUCCACCAAGAGAUGCUGGAUGAUGCACAGAAGAAGCUGAUGAACUUAGUGAGCAGCACAGAAGGAAAAGUGGACAAAGUCCUCAUGAGAAACCUCUUCAUUGGUCAUUUCCACACACCUAAAAAUCAGCGUCAUGAAGUGCUACGACUGAUGGGGAGCAUCCUGGGUGUUAAAAGGGAGGAAAUGGAGCAGUUGUUUGCUGAAGAUCAAGGAGGUGUUACUCGGUGGAUGUCUGGAUGGCUUGGAGGAGGAUCAAAAAGUGUGCCCAGUACACCACUGAGACCAAGUCAGCAAUCUGUGUUUAAUAGUUCUUUUUCAGAACUUUUUGUUAAAUUUCUGGAAACAGAAUCUCAUCCAUCUGUCCCACCCCCAAAACUGUCAGUUCAUGACUUGAAACCUCUGGAUUCUCCAGGAAGAAGGAAAGUUGACACCAGCAUACCCGGAAGCUCCAAAGAUGUAGCAGAACCCAGGGCAGGAAGAAGAACAGAUCUGAGUCCAUUCUUGGCUCCCCGCUCAGCAGCUGUGCCCCUUAUUAACCCAGCUGGACACGGACUCGGUGGGCCCGGGCAUCUUCUUUUGAGACCCGUCUCAGAUGUUCUCCCCACGUUUACACCUUUGCCAGUGUCGUCCGACAACAGCGCUGGUGUCGUAUUGAAAGAUCUCCUAAAGCAAUAGGAAGCUCUUGAGCCAGAGACUAUAGCACUUUAAGGAAACUAUGAACACUGUAUGUGUGAACUUUACCACAAAGUGGCCUUCUGGAAAGAGUCAUUAUUUGUUUGUAGUUGUAAUUUCUCUGUUAAUAAAAAUAUUCUUGAUGCUUUUGGAAA